UUCAUCUUCUUUCUUCUUCAUCAUCUUUUCUCCUCGUACUUCAACUUCUCUUUCUCCCUCACUGUCUUACUCACGAUCACCAUCACCAUCACCGCCACCACCAUCGUUAAUACCCCGUUAAUUCCCUUAGUGUUCCUACUGAUUCUCUUCUUGUGUCCCGUUCUCUUGAUACAAGGUUGGCGGCUGGCGACAAUUCGGGGGAGGAUUGAUUGUAUUGAAACUUGUCCGAGGGAGCUGGAACCCGUGUGUGGCUCAGAUGGGGUCAUUUACUCGUACUCCAGUGUGUGUCAUAUGAAGAAGGAGAACUGCAAUAAGGAUGUGUAUGUGGUGCCUAACGAACACUGCUCCAGAUCGAAGGGAAGCAUCUGCGCCCACAGCUGUGUCAACAUUCAGGACCCAGUGUGUGGCUCAGACAGCAGGACAUACCUUAACCUGUGCAUGCUGCGUGUGGAGACCUGCAGGGUGAUGAUGAUGAUGAUACUGCCUGUUCUUUUUGGUUCUUGUUCUUGCUCUUUUUAUUUUUGUUUUAUUCGUUCUUAUUCUUUUUAUUCUAAUAUACUGCACUUCCCUUCACUUUCUUCACCCUUUCUUCGUCACUUCUGCAGGAGGGGCGUGGAGAUGGCGCACUACGGACGCUGCACGAUGCCCCGCCAGGAGGACUCUUGCCCUGACGAGUGUUCAGAUACUGACGACGAUGACUUUCCGGUUUGUGGGUCUGACGGGAACGCUUAUCCCUCCUACUGCGAGAUGAAGCGACGCACUUGUGGCCAGAAAGUGGUCCCCGUGGCGCUGCAUCACUGUGAGGCCACCAAACACUGCUUGACUCGCUGCGGGAAAGAGAAAAGAGCUGUGUGUGCCUCGGAUAACAAGAUCUACAUGAACGCCUGCGACAUGAAAGCCAGGAACUGCGGCAAACACGUGUACCAGGUCCCAAUGCAUCGGGGCCUCGUUGGCUUUAACUUCAUGCGGUGCUACAAGAUCUGCCCCCCAAUGUUUGACCCAGUGUGCGGGACGGACGGCAAGACAUACAGCAAUGAGUGCUUCCUGGAGAUGGAAAAGUGCCGGUCACGCAGUCUGGGCAGAAGUCUCGUGUCCCGCGUGUAUGACGGGCGCUGCGGUCACCCCGUCCCUAAACCCAAGCUGUAUAUGUUUAGUGAAUAUGUGUUCUUCUCUACCUGCGGUGGGAAAUGUUCUUUGGUGAGUAGUAUAUCGGUAUCCAGGCUUUUCCGGGAAAAGAACUUUUUGUUGACGAAGUACGUCAGAGCUGCGGUUGCCACGCAGCCCACCACGAGACCGACAGCCACACCGAUGGCGAUCCACCCCAUGGGCGCCACCCAGGGACCCUUCAAGAAUGACAGUGGUCCACACUCCCGCCGCCUCGAUGUUGACGACACCACCAGCAGUGACCGUGUUAGCAGAAAUAGUCACCGAGCCUCCUCGCGCGCCGCUCGGCAAACUACCACCUACAGCACCCAGCACACCACCCGGCAUGCCGCCACCCACAGCAUCCCGCUCACCACCCUGCAGGCUGUCAUCCAUAGCACCCCGCGUGUUGUCACCCACAGCACCUGUAACCUCCAUACCUCCCUCGCCUCAGUGCAGCGUCGCGAUCACUGGUUGGCGGCUGGCGACAAUUCGGGGGAGGAUUGUAUUGAAACUUGUCCGAGGGAGCUGGAACCCGUGUGUGGCUCAGAUGGGGUCAUAUACUCCAGUGUGUGUCAUAUGAAGAAGGAGAACUGCAAUAAAGAUGUGUAUGUGGUGCCUAACGAACACUGCUCCAGAUCGAAGGGAAGCAUCUGCGCCCACAGCUGUGUCAACAUUCAGGACCCAGUGUGUGACUCAGACAGCAGGACAUACCUUAACCUGUGCAUGCUGCGUGUGGAGACCUGCAGGUCUGGCAUCGAGUUCGCGUACUUCGGGGUGUGUUCCCAGGAUGACAACGACGCAGAGAAGAAUGACUGCCCGGCGGACUGUUCCUCGGCGCCACGAGACGGCCCCAUCUGCGCCUCUGACGGAAAUGUGUACAACUCUACCUGCGACAUGCGAUACCGUACCUGCGGGCAGCGCGUGGUGGCUACUCUCCUGAAGCACUGCCGCACCACCAGACACUGCAACGACGUGUGCUUCUACUCCUUCAAGGCAGUGUGCGCCUCUGAUGGCAGGAUCUACAAUAAUGAGUGUCAGAUGAAGAAGAGAAACUGCGGGCGCCACAUCUUCAAGUUACCUAUGGGGGAGUGCCGGCCCCAGGAGAGGAUGCCCGGGGCGUGUCCUGUGUCCUGCGGGGGUGAGAAAUACAAUCUGUGUGUUUCCUAUGGUUACCUGUAUGAUAAUGAGUGUGACAUGAGGAGGCUCACCUGUGUGUCUCGCGGGGCUGGCGCCGUGUAUGAGGUGGACAUGGCGAAGUGUGAGAAGAGGAAGAAGUGUGGCAAAAUGGAGUGCCCCAGCGUGCCUGACCCCGUGUGUGGCACUGACAGUAUCACCUAUGUCAACUUCUGCUUCCUGCACCAAACCACCUGCAUGAGGGGCGUGGAGAUGGCACACUACGAUGUUCCCAUCACGGAUGGUGUUUUGAUUCGAACCACCGAAGCUUUCCGGACGGAGCCUCACAGCAAGACACAUCAGAGUUUCAUGAGUCGCUUCAAGAUGGCUCUCCUUACCAAACCUAGUGACAGGAAUACUAAGAAGAGGAAGACCAAGGAUAAAGAGAAAAAGUUACACUAA